UGUGUUGACUUGCACUGCUAUAAACUGAAGUGGCUUGGAUGACUAAGUGCAGUUAGAUGAUACGACGAGCCUAAAAUGACCUCUUCCUCUCCGCAAUUGCACCCUGAUGAACAUGUCAUCAUUCUGGGAAUACCGCGGGGAGUCUCUGCCGCUGAUAUACAAGAUCACUUCGAGGGCAUGCAAGGGAUGCAGGGGAAAUUAGAUAAAGUGGUGUUCCCGUUCAAAUAUCACAAUCUUGAUGACUGUGCCCUCCUUACGUAUAAAAGUGUUGCAGAUAUAGAAGCACUCUUUGGUCAUAAAGGUGCAGAGGGCACAAGCACUGAAAUACAAUUUCGGCAGGGCACAUUACAGGCAAUACGUCCACCUAUGGUACACAGCUGUCCUAAAUACCUUCAGGAAAGUGCUACAUCCCUAUCGUUUAAUGCCAACACGUCAACACAUGCGCACCAAGCAGCAAGUUCACCACGAGAAAAACCUUUUCAUGAACUAAACGCAACGGCUUUGGACAAAGAUCGCGUUUCAGACAGUUCCGGAUUAAAGAAUGAUGCUCUAUCAAAAGGGUUCUCACAAUAUCAGGAGACUUGUCAAUGUCACGUGAGUCGAACGCCAUCUCCACAAGAUAACGGUCAACUUGAAUGUGGCAGUAUCCCCGAGAAGAGUUUACAAGACAACAUAAAUAUCAAUGGCAACGAAGCACAAGAUAGAACAAAUGACAAUAAAGAAGAAAAAGAUAUUGACCAGCCUCCAAUUACAAAAAUAGUUGGCACGUGUCCCGUGCCAACAUCUGCAGUAUUGUCACCUAUUCCUCGCAAGAAUUCCGAAGAUACCACCACUAGAAUAACCACUAUCGAAACACAGAAUGAUGACAUGAACCAUAAAGCUUCAUGCGAUUGUGACACAACCACAGCCGAAAAAACAGGCACAUUCAGUGAGAAAGUAUCUUUUCUUCCUGCUGAAACAGUUGGAAAUGAUGCAGAUUCUGACAAAAUUCCACCAGUAAGCAUGUACAACACCCAGGAUAAUUAUCCUGAAAAAGUAUCUUUUCUUCCUGCUGAAACAGUUGACAAUGAUGCAGAUUCUAACAAAAUUCCACCAUUAGCAUCAGUGCAAACAAUGAGGUAA